AGCUUAAGCCCACGGACGCGGUGCGAGUGUGCGACGAGCCCAGAGAGGCAAACCAAACGUCCAAACCUCCGCACGGCGCCGCCGCACGAUGCCCCCGGCGCCACCGUUCUCCUCCCACGGCGACUUCGUCGCCGCCCUCCACCGCUGCGCCACCCUCGCGCACCUCAAGCAGCUCCAUGCUCACGCCGUCGUCACCGGCCGCGCCGCCGCGCAGACCACCACCUUCCACCUCCUCCGGUUCGCCUCCCUCCGCCUCUCCUGCCUCCCCUACGCCCGCCGCCUCUUCGACGCCACGCCCAGCCCCAACGUCUUCCUCUACUCCGCCAUGCUCUCCGCCUACGCCGCCGCCUCCUCCCACUCGCAGGAACACGCCCGGGACUCCCUCGCGCUCUUCCUCCGCAUGCUCCGCCGCGGCCGACCCGCGCCCAACCAGUUCGUCUACCCGCUCGUCCUCCGCGCCGCCUGCGCCAUUGGGGUCCAGCUGGUCAGGUCGAUCCAUUGCCACGCCUGCAAGGACGGGUUCUACGGGCACGAUUUUAUAAGGACCUCGCUCCUCGAUGGGUACUCGAGGUACGGGAUGAUGGGCGACGCGCGGAAGCUGUUCGAUGGUUUGACUGAUAGGAACGUGGUCUCCUGGACCGCGCUGGUGUCCGGGUAUGCAAGGGCAGGGAAGGUUGGGGAUGCGAUAGUGUUGUUCGAACGGAUGCCUCAGAGGGAUGUGCCUGCCUGGAAUGCGAUCAUUGCCGGAUGCACACAGAAUGGGUUGUUUGUGGAGGCAGUGGGGAUUUUCAGGAGGAUGGUUGAUGAGGGGUUCCGGCCAAAUGGCACCACAGUAUCUUGUUUGCUGUCUGCGUGCGGACAUUUAGGGAUGCUGAAGAUUGGAAAGGUGAUCCAUGGUUAUGCGUGGAGGAGCUGUGUUGGUUUUGGCUCAUCCGUUGUGAAUGGGUUGAUUGAUAUGUAUGGUAAAUGUGGGAAUUUGAUGGAGGCAAAAUGGAUCUUUGAUGCGUUUUCUGAUAGGGGUCUGACCACAUGGAAUUCUCUGAUCAAUUGCCUUGCACUACAUGGGUGCAGCGAGAGUGCCAUUGCGGUGUUUAAUUCGAUGAGGAAUGAAGGGGUUCAACCUGAUGAGGUUACUUUUGUUGGGCUGUUGAAUGCAUGCACCCAUGGAGGGUUUGUUGAUGAAGGUCUUAGAUACUUUGAACUGAUGUGUGAUGAGCAUGGAAUUGAGCCAGAGAUUGAGCAUUAUGGUUGUGUUGUAGAUCUUCUUUGUCGAGCAGGACGGUUUCAGGAUGCGAUGAAUUUUAUCAAUGAUAUGAAAGUUCAACCAGACGAAGUCAUUUGGGGGUCAUUACUCAAUGCCUGUAGAAUACACAGACACCUAGAACUGGCCGAGCAUGCUAUAAGAAACUUGUUGGAUUUGAAUCCAAGUAAUGCUAAUUAUGUAGUGAUGCUUGCAAACUUAUACAGUGAAGGUGGCUUCUGGGAAGAGGUUAGGAAAGUAAGGAAGCUCAUGAAGGAGGAUGUUACAGGCAAGAAGCUGCCUGGUUGUAGCUGGAUUGAGGUUGAUCGCAAAACUCGCCGGUUUUAUUCUGGUGAUGAUGGUCACCCUGAGUCAGAGGAUAUCUAUGACACUCUUGAUAAGUUAGCUACCACAAUGGAAAUGCAGGCUACAUUUGCAUAGAUUAAUAAUUCAUAUUCAAAAAUCAGCAUCUUCUAAUUCUGUACAUGACUGAAACUGUUGACCUAGGCAGCAUUAUGCUGGUAGAUAGAUGGUCGUGUUCCCUUAAACACUUACCCUGAGCUAUUUAUGGCUGAGGUACUGCUUAUAUGCCACUACUGGGGUGUACUUCUACAGGAUUUAUCCAUUGUAAUGCUGUUAUCUUUGCAUAUCAUGAAGUGCUGCCACUGUGUUUCCCUUGGUUCGGAAGUAACAAACUGUCCUAUCUGGCAUGUAAUACCUGCUGCUGCUCAACCAUUAUAGGGCAUAUUCUUGUUCUUUUUCCCCCUCUUGUACAGGAGCACCAAAGUAAAGGAGACAUAAGCUAAAGAUGGAGUGAAGAACAGAUGAUAAAGAGUUUUCUAUAAACUACCAUUUUUAUCUGUUAUGCAGCUGGAAUAGCUGGUUGAGACUUGAGACGAGGGAUAUACGGAAAGCUGCAAUCAGUUGCAUAUUGGCCUCUCAUUAUCAUGUAUGAUUGUAGGAGCAUGGUUCAAAGAAUAUGUUCUGCUCCUUAUCUGCUUUGCAGUGCAAAAAGGUGAUUCUUUGAAAGAAGAUUCUGGGUACGGAGGGAAUUGCGACUGACGAGAUGCUUACAGUUCAUCUGCUCAUGUGAUGUGUCACAUGGCAGAAAACAUGGAGAAAUGAGCGCCAUACGUUGCCAUGCUGCGAUUCUAGAGAUCCAGUCAUCCAGACAGUGGAAAGGGGGGUCGUAAAGGAUGGCGCAGAUUAUAGAAUAACCAUACAGAGUACAAUUGAAAUGGACCAACGAUGAAAGGAAGGAAAUCUGAGAAUAAAUUCCAGUGCAGUGCCAGUGUCAGUUUCCCGGUGCCAUGCCUGACCAUGUAAAUUGCGAUCCGUAUGACUAUCCAAAAGAAUGGCAAUGGCUGUAGUCCUCCGAAUUUAGUGAGUUGAAAGUGACUUGUGAGACUAAAUAAAAUAUAAGCGACUGGCAAUGGCUUUGAUCCUGUAGCCACUAGCCAGCGAUAACUGAUAAGUGCAGUAAUGUCUCAGACAAUUUUUAGGGCGAGAACUUUUAUGGUACAAUGUACUGCUAGUAUAUACUAUAAGUAUAUAUGAUCUAACGGUGUAGAUUGAUUUGAUUUUUUAGUUAAUUAGAUUGCAGUAUAAA